AUUUCAAAAAUAAUGAAAAGAGAAAAACAGAAUACGCCAUAGUUUGAUCAAUACCAAAAAUAGACAUUGGCAUUGACUCUAAUCAAAAACAAGGUCAAACUUAUUAGAAGAGAUACUUCAAGUCGCACCUGUAUCUCGCGCAAAACCGGUUGAGACGCGCUAACCGUGGAAUGCGCUUGCUUUUCAGAUGAUGCGGUAGUGGACAGCCUCGCAGUGGCGAGUCCUUUUAUGGAUAUCGAAGAUUGAAUUUGAGAGAAAAAAAAAAUUUACGUACAGAACGGAGGAGAAAAAGGAAUCUAGAUGCUAGGUCGGAUCAAAACGAAUUAGAAGAGAGAAAGAGUUAUUAACAGAAGGAAGAAAAGGGAACGAGAUAGAGAAAGGAAAAGAGAAAGAGAAAGAGAGAGAGAAAGGAGUGAUAGUGGGGGGGAGGGAUGGGCGCUGGGAUGGGCAGGAGCGGCACAAGCGGUGGUCUGCUUGAGGCACUUCCAACGGGAACUCCACUUCACGUGGCAAUGCUCGGUCUCGAUAGUGCUGGGAAAACAACUGCUUUGUACAGACUCAAAUUCGAUCAGUAUCUCAACACUGUGCCGACCAUUGGUUUUAAUUGCGAGAGAAUUCGCGGCGGCAUUGGAAAAGCUAAAGGUAUGUCCCGUCAUAAUGUCUCUGUCACCUCUUUUAUUCCUUCCCAUUUUUCUAAUACUCGACGUAUUUUAAAACCAACAUUCUUGGAUUUGCAUGUUUAAUGGCAGGCUCUUUGAAAUU